UUUUCAGAUGGAAGAGCAGGAGCCGACGGAGCCGACGGCAAUUAAUGAGGAGACUCGAGCAAUGGAAGAAGUGAUUAACGCUUUUUUCUAUUAUGGAAGAUAUGGAGCCGAGAAAAUGGUUUCGAUGGUCGAGCAGAUGAGAUUUUUCAGAAAAAUUCCAAAUGAUCAUCAAUUAUUGCUCGGCGGACAAUUCAAGGAGCACAUACGUAAUAUGAAGGAAAAAGUGGAGCACAAUAGCCAAAUCCUGAGAAUGAUUGCGAAUAGCUGUGCGGGAAUGUUCGGAGAGGAUCAUUUGAGAGCUAUGAGAAUUCAUCAGACAAGACGCCCAUCAUCAGACUUCAUGUCAAAAGUGUUCAGCACAAUGCGUCAAAUCUGUCGUGAAUGGUCUUCAGAAGGCCAACCGGAACGUGAAGCCACAUUCAAGCCAAUCAUCGAUCAGCUCACCGAGCUUUACCCACCGGAGACCCACCCCCGUCACAAUGUUCGGAUUCUUGUUCCGGGCUGUGGUCUGGGUCGGUUGGCUUAUGAUUUGAUGGAACAGGGAUUUACGGUUCAGGGAAAUGAAUUCGCAUUUUUCAUGCUGUUCACAUCAUUUUUUAUUAUCAAUAAUUGCAAACAGGAAAAUCAAUUCACAAUCUACCCAUUCGUAUUUGACAAGAACAACAGUUGGAACUAUUCGGAUCAACUUCGGCCUGUCACCUUCCCGGAUAAGGCUCCAGUCUCCAAGAAGGAUCCCAACCACCGCCGAGCUUCAUUCUCGAUUUGUGCUGGUGAUUUUCUGGAAGUUGUUAAGGAUACGACGUUUGAUGUGAUUGUUACCGCAUGGUUUAUCGAUACUGCACAUAAUGUGCUCGAGUACAUUGACGCCAUCUACUCGACCCUCGAACCCGGCGGCGUCUGGAUCAACGUGGGACCGCUGACGUGGCACUUCUCCGACACACCCGACGAAGCAUCCAUCGAACUACCGUACUCGGUGAUCAUGGAAAUGAUUCGAAAGAAGGGAUUCCAAGUUGUGGAGGAACGAGUCAUCGACAGUAAAUACACUGUUAAUCGACGGGCGAUGCAAUUCAAUCAAUUCGCGUGUGCCUAUUUUUAUGCGAGAAAACCCGAGAAGACUGAUGAAUAAUUUUAUUUAUUUAUUUUUUAUUAUGAGUGAAAAACCAUAAAACAUUUAUUACAUUA